AAGCGCAAAAUUUGCAUUUUGGUAAUUCAAAAGCCGUGGGGGUUGCAGAUAUUCGCAGUUUGAAAAGCUCUAUGAGUUAUGGUGCGAUUACUACAGCACGUUGGUUGGGACGUGCAGUGCGCGCUGUGAUGCUCGUGUGCUGAGGGGAGAUUACCACGGUUGCUUAUUGCUAGUUAUCGAAGCUGAUAAUCCUGACCAGAUCGGUAUCUGUGGCAUUGUGGUUCGUGAGACUCGACAGACCUUCAUGCUGAUCACUAAACAGGAUCGUGUGCUCAUCAUCCCGAAGCAAGGCACUAUAUUUCAGUUCGCACUUGAAGGCAAAAUCUAUUUUUUAUUUGGCAACGCAUUCAGAUUUCCAGCUUCCUUACGAGCCAAGAAAAUUUUACGCAAUCGUUCUUCAAUACCAUUCUUCUUAAGAUGAUG